ACCACAUAAACACGCUGGCCCAUGGACACGGUCCAGAGCUUCUCUGUGCGUGGCCGCACCUUCGUGUUGCCCAGGGAGCGCCUGGGGGUUGAGGAGGUCCUGGACCGGGACGUGGACUUCUUCCAGGUCAUCCAUGACUUUCUCCACUCUCCGCCUCGUUAUCUGGCAGUGGAAUGUGAGAAUUCAGAGGGCGCUGUACCUGUGCUGAACUUCCGGAUCCCCGCGGAAUGGCUGGAGAAGGAGGCGCUCUUCUGGCAGGAGCAGAGCUUCUACCAGCUCUUUGAGCUCGAGAUGGCCAUGUGGUCCGCGGUGCUCGAGAGGCUGCUGAAGACCUACCUCUCGGACCAAGUCUUCCAGAGCUGGCCCGGCCGGGAUCGCCAUCAGCUUUGGGCUUCCCUGUGGCUGGCCCUGCGCUUUCUGCCCGAGCGCCGCUACACGCCGCGGGAGCUCCGCGCCGUGGUGGCCGCCUCCUUCGCAGCGACGCAGCGGCUGCAGCUGCUCAGCGCUGUGGAGGCGGAGCUGCGUCGCAGGAACUUCCUGGAGGAGAGGUCCCAGAGGGUGUCCGGCUCUGCAUGUCCGGCGUGAAGUGGGUGCUGGACGGAGACAAGUUCUUCAGGUCCCGGAAGCCGGACACUAAGAAGGCAGCUGCCGCUGAACAGCCAGCAGCAGCUGCUGCAGGGCGGCGCCCUGCCGGCGCCGGCGGCCCAGGUGCUGGGUCCUGGGUCUCUCUGCACCUUCGCCGCCUACCGCGUCGUCUUCCUGGGAGAGGACGAGGGCUUCCUGGCCAAGGUCUGCGUGUCCUUCAAAGGCCCCCGGGGCGAGGAAGUGGCGACAUCGGCGAGAUGUCGUUGGAGCUCCGUGUCGGAGGAGCAGAGCCAAGUGCCCUGCAUGGAGUUCGUGCCGGAAAGCGGUCCUGCGGUGGAGUGCCUGGUGUCUGCGGAGCUCCCUACCGCCGCUCCGCAUCGACGGCAAAGACGGGGAGUGGUGGGUGCUCUGCUGCCAACCGAUGCCGACGGCAGAGGACGGAUUUGCAGCCACAGGCGUGGGGACGUGCGCUGCUUUCUCCCCCGGGCCGUGCCUGAGUCUGAGGAGAUGCGGAGUCGCUGGCCGCCCGCGGCGCCCUGGAGGCGCCCCUCGCCAGCUUCCUGGUGGCCAAGCGUCUGAAGCAGUGGCCCCUGAAGGGCAAGGCGCAGCGCCUGGCCGCGCUGUGGCUGUGCUUGCGCCUGGUGCCCAACCGUGCAUACACAGAGGGGGAGGUGGACUGGAUCAUCGCCACUGGGCACUCCAAGGUCCCGGACUGCGGGCGGAUCCGCAAGGAUCUCGAGAGGACGGGGUACGUGCGGCGAGAGCCUGGCGGUGGGGACUUCCAGCUCUUGGGCGAGCUGGAGCUGAGGCUUGAGGCGACUUCCGGCUGAAGAGGUUCUCUGCGACGGAGUUCCGCCGGAGGUUUCUGCCGUCUCGCGGAGUUGAAGCGUCGGCCCGUGGCCAGCUGGACGCGAAGGAGCUGGAUGGAGGCCCGACGAGUACUUUUAGCAGCGAUGGCCGGAUGCGAACCGCCCGUUGGAUCCACCAUGGAAAGCUGCUCGUCUCACUCUGAAAGGGUAGGUCUUCGGAGCCAUCCACCUGAGCUCCCAACUUGAGCUUCGCAGCCCAAUUCCACGGGCUCCGUUCGAAAAAUCCGGAGAUGGCUCCCUUCGAGCCACCAGAAAAGAGUCAUCGCGAGUUACCUCAUAUGGGACCAUGGGACAAGGAGCGUGACAUGAGGAAGACAGGCCAGAGCUUGAGGUUGGAAGCCCGGA